GUAGAAACCAAUAAGAAAGAAGAUCAGUCAGCAGCCGCCAUAUGUAAACACAUUGGUUGCAGGCAGCUCAUUUAUUGCAGGUUUAAGAUAAACAUGGAGUGCACAGAGAAGUGGACAGACAGCGAGGUUCAAGCCCUCCUGAGUAUUUAUUCAUCGGUGGAAAUCCAAAAAGAUUCAGAUUCGGGAAGGCGUAAUAUUAGGAUUUACGAAAACAUCGCAGUGCAGCUGUUGCAUCUUGGCAUCCACCACACAUCCAAGCAGUGUAGGGAAAAAAUAAAAAAGCUCAAACAAGAUUACAGAAAAAUUAAAGAGCACAACAAUCAAAGUGGCUCAAAUUUCCGCAGUGGAAAAUGGUUUGCCGCCAUGGACGCCAUCCUUGGACACAAACCCUUGUACACCAGGAAUGCGGGUGCAAACAAUUCAGCGGUCGCUCUUUCGGACGGCAUAGGCAGCGACACUGACACGUCUGUGGAAGUAAAUGAUUUUAAGCAGAAUUGGAAGGUGCCCCCGGAUGCAUUUUUCAAAAGGAAAAGUCAUAUGCAGUCAAAAAGCUCCAGAAUUACCCAACUAGAGGAAAUCUCUCUGGACAUGAGUGUAGUUGAAGAGGACAUAACUGAGCCAGACAUGCCGUAUGUAUCCACACCAGAAUCUCCACUCCUUCCUUCAUCUAAGCCUGUAACCCCAACCCAACCAGCAGGUCAGGCAAUUGAUACAUCCACCUUCAGCAUGUAUCAGCAUUUAGCGAACCCAUUUCCUCACCCCAAAGCUCAAGCACUAAUGCCUGAACAUCAGCAAGGCAGACAAAAGAGGAAGAGAUUACCUAGUGCAGUAGAGGAGCAGCUUUUAGACAUCAUUGCUCAAACAAACAGUCCGAUUCUACCACACGUGCCCAGAGAUGCUGAUGAAAUGUACUAUUUCGCACUCAGUUUAGUUCCGAAGCUGAACAGACUGCAUCCAAGGAAUCAGACCAAGGCUCAAAUCCAUAUCCUGCAAUACCUGGCAGACCUGGAAUUAGAAGAUAAACAACAGCGCCAACAACCCACAUCAGCCGUACCAGCUUUUAAAAGCUAAAGCACCUGACGACAACAACAACCUUCAACAUUUCAUCAAUAUCCUGUUAUCUAGAAUGUUUAAUUGUUACUUUAACAUUUUAUUUGCAUGCUUGCAUUUAAUAAAUAGUAUGUGGGAAGUCAAAUUAAGUGCAGAAAUACACCAGGGUAGAAACUUCACGUAGGUGUGUCAUAAUUAUUGUAGUCUGGCAAUUAAUUGUCGCAGAAAUAAUUGCAAUAUCGUUGACCAUCCUUAAUUGUGUAAUGACAAAAUAUAGCAUAGUAAUGCAAGUACAUGAUUUCUGAAAACAGAAUUUAUAAGAAAAUUUGGAGAUUACAAUUGAAAUGGAAAAGAUAAACCUAUACAUUCAAAAAGAAUAAAACAUAUAAAUAUUAUUUAUUAAACACAAGUCAUUGAUUUUGAUUGGUUUAGAAGCUGCUGUAUAUGGCAUCCAUCCCACCUCCGUAUAACUACAUUGGUGAACGAAAGAAUAAAUGUUUUUUAUCAAUAACCUUA